CUGCCCCAGCUGCCGCCACCGCCGCCGCCGCCGCCGCUGCUGCUGCUUGGCCGCCGGUGUGUACGUGCGCCACGCUCCGUUCCUCCAGCUCCCUCCGCCGGAUGAAUGUGACACCAUGACGGGCAUCGCCGCCGCCUCCUUCUUCUCAAACUCGUGCCGGUUCGGGGGCUGCGGGCUGCACUUCGAGUCGCUGGCCGAGCUCAUCGUGCACAUCGAGGACAACCACAUCGACACAGACCCUCGGGUUCUGGAGAAGCAGGAGCUGCAGCAGCCCACCUACGUGGCCCUCAGUUACAUCAACAGGUUCAUGACGGACGCCGCUCGUCGGGAGCAGGAAACACUGAAGAAGAAGGUGCAGCCCAAGCUGUCGCUGUCGCUGACGGGCGCCGUGCCGCGCAACAACGUCUCCACGCCCCCCCGCCACAGCAGCGGCAGCCUGACCCCGCCCGUGACUCCACCCAUCACGCCCUCCUCCUCCUUCCGCAGCAGCACUCCUACAGGCAGCGAAUAUGAUGAGGAGGAGGUGGAAUACGAGGAGUCCGACAGCGACGAGUCUUGGACCACAGAAAGUGCCAUUAGCUCCGAGUCCAUCCUCAGCUCCAUGUACAUGAACGGGGGUGACGAGAAGCCCUUUGCCUGCCCCGUCCCCGGGUGCAAAAAGAGAUACAAGAAUGUGAACGGUAUCAAGUACCACGCCAAGAAUGGCCACCGGACCCAGAUCCGAGUGCGCAAGCCCUUCAAGUGCCGAUGUGGGAAGAGCUACAAGACGUCUCAGGGCCUACGGCACCACACCAUCAAUUUUCACCCGCCGGUGUCGGCCGACAUCAUCCGCAAGAUGCAGCAGUAGCGCUGGUCGCCGUGCCAACCGAACCUCCGAGUCCGAAUCUCACCAGCGGUCGCUGAGUCCCCUCUUCCUUACACUACAACCAAUUGCAUGCUUUAAGUUCUUUUUUUAAUGUUCACUUUUGUUCUGUAUUUUGGAAUGACCCAUCUGUGCCGAUGGUUUUGUAUAUUGGCACAUUCAGCUAUCAAACCUAUUUUUCAUGAUUUUCAACAUAAGGUGCUAAUUGUUUAAAAAAAAAAAAAAAGGUAAAAACAAAAAAAAUGGGGGGGGGGGAGGUAAACUAGGGAGAACCUGUCUAAGACAGUUUAAGCAGAAGCUAGAGCUCCUCGCAUCCACAGGCCUCAUACCCUUAGUUUCACUAAAGGUCGACUUUGCUGGAGUGUGCGAGGCGCAUGCAGACCGGUGUGAAGACGGUUUGGCCCAUAGCAUAGUGUACUUUGGUGCAGCAUGGUACACUGCAGUCUACUGUAGUGCGUACCGCGGUGAGCAGUGCUGCUGCAGUGUGUGGGACGCGAGAGGCUCUCCCCACUGUGGAAACUCCAUUUCAUCACUCCAGGAUAUGGGUCCUUCCUCUUCCACAGAAGAGGGAAAUAAAUCUGAAUGUUUGGACUAUGACAUGGAAUAUGACAUAUUCAAAACAUAGAUCUAUAUAUGCGUGUAUAUAAAUAUAUAAAAGUAUAAACUUUCAUAAUCAUAAAACAGUUAACGCUUUAUUUCCUAGUUUUAUAUUUUAUUUCACGUAUGUGUUGAGAGAUUUUCUAAAGGCCAUUUCUAUAUGACUGAGUAUUUUUCUCGUCGAGGCCCCGGGGAGGACUGCUGUCGUGUGUCGUCGUUACAAAGACCCUCUCGGGUCUCGUCACAAGUUGCCAGCAUUUUCUGAACCACAGUCCUGCCUGGAGAAGGAAAGCGACUAUUCCCAUGGUGUUUGGAUCAGCUAUUCUUGUGCUUCCCCGGGGGGGGGGGGUCUGUGGCCGGAGUUCGGGGCUCUGAUUCUACAGAAUCGGGACCCGGACCCCGUCUUCCGCCGGCGAAGCGUUUUAAGCACUUUGUAGUGACCACUUGCCAAGAGUUUGGGCGUUUUUCUCAUUGCCAACAUCUCUCGCUUGCCCCAUGCCCACUUUGUCACGUUCCUGCAGUGGGUAGUUACUGGAGAGGUCGUGUUUGGGUCAAGGGAAUUUCUUUUUUUCCACUCCUCCUCCUCCUGUGUUUCUUCUGUGUAAGUGAGUUUAUAUAUGACCUUCCAUUGCCUUGUGCGUUAGAUCACAGCAUUCCAGUAUGAUGUGUUUUUUUCAUGGUUGACUCCCUCCUCAGAUAUUCCACUUUCAGCCUUAUUGAUAGUAUUACGUAUUCGUGUUGCAGUGCCAGGUGAUGAUUCUCAAAGAAAGCCCGGUCCUCGCUGUACGGACCUCUCGGCGCUCACGAGAAGAGCCACAGACAGGAUCUCAAACAGGGAAGCACAACGCUGCCUCUCGUUGCCCAUUUACCGAGUAACACGACCCCGGUCGCAUCUGUGUACGAAUGCUCCCAGGACAGGGACCACAUCGUGUCGCUCGGCCGUAAACUGAGUUUGCCAAAACGUAGCCGUCUUUAUGGCUCUGCUCACGGCAGGCCCCUUUGAGUUACACGCAAGGCUAGAGGAGGCACCGCCAAGCUUCCAUGUGGUUACCGCUCCGAUCAAUGGACAGCGAUGGCGUGAGGGGAGGAAGAACCGAGCGGUACAAAAAGUUUAGUUUGCGAACUGUGUUCCAGGGACUCUCUGACGGCCCCAUGCUUGAGCUUGGCCCUAGUUGGACAUCUCAAGUCGGGGAGGGGAGUCGUCUCCAGAUUCCAGCGGAGAACAGAGUCCGGGAUGUCAAACACCCAUAAACACGGUGCAGGAGUCAACGGUGUAAUGGAGCUGCAGUUUAUACUCAGCUUAACGGCGUGACAGUAUUACAUAGCAGGCAUGGAGGGGACGAUUUUGAUAUACUGUGUAUAGUGAAUGUAUUGUAAUGUGCGUCUGUGUAAGUGCUUUUAAAUUAUAUUUUCGUAUGUUCCGU